UCCACAUUUACGGAGUGAAACACAAACCUGAAACAUUAAUAUCAGGACGUUUACAUUAAGGCACAAAGUCAUUGUGCAUAUUUUUUUUAUGGCAACGUUUAAUUUGGUAUUACAGGAAGUAACAACACAGUGAGCACAGCACCAUUGUUGGAUGUCUGUUUACUAUCAGUUUUGGCGCGCCUGGAUGUGAUCGGGAGUCACCGUCUGUGGCAUGAGAAAGGAUGGAGAGCUGCACACAUGUUUUCCAGAUCUCUGGGAUCAAAGCCCAGGAUAAAAAGAGAGUUUUGAUUAAGGGCAUUUAUAAGCUCAGUGGGAAAUACAUUGGUGGCUCAGUAUACAAGCACUGCACCACUCAUCUCAUAACCCCCCAGGUUUUGCCCAGUGAGAAGUUUUUGGCAGCUUGUGCGGCAGGGAAGUGGGUUGUGACUCCUAACUAUGUGUUGGAAAGCAUGAAGAACGGCUCCUGGCUGCCCGAGGGACCCUACGAAGUGGCCAUUUUCACCAGCUCCUCAGCUGCCUUUUACCCCGUCAGACAGUGGAGGGAGAAGGUAACCAAAGGUCGAAUAACGGGUGCUUUCCAGGGCUGGAGAGUUCUUCUCAUGGUCCAAGAGCCCAACAGAAGAGCCAUGUUCAAACGGCUGCUGAAAGCUGGAAGAGCAGAAGUGUACAACUGUCCUCCACCGAUGUACACGUCCAUCACUCACGUCAUGGCGAAACCUGUGACUGAAAAAUCAAAAUCUCUUAACUCACCUUGUUACCCCGUGAGCCACAUAGUCCAACACCUCUUCGGGAGCAAUCGCCUGGAUGUGAAUUUUAACGAAAUGGAUGAUCUUCCGUCCGGGACAAAAGCCAGCUGUCUUGAUGGCUUCUCUAAUUUGGAGGCAGAACUUAGAAAUUUUGCUGUCAAAAAAGAGGGCCGGCCCAGACUGUGCUUCCUUGAAUUUCUAGGUUACCGUGACCCUCACCGUCCCUUCACACAGGCAAUUGUAGCAGAUUUAAGCAACGUCAGUAGUAUGAUAGAGUGCGGCCUAGUCAGCGAGGCCUUGGAUUCGAUCAGAAGUGCCGUGUUUCCAGGCGUGUUGCCACCAGCGACAUACCUGAUCUCCCUCAUAGAGUACGCACAGCAGGGCAACGCCACGUCCCUCUUCCUGAGAAAUUUCCAUCAGGUUAUGGUAAACCUGCUCAUUACUAAUCCUCCAUGGCUUUCUCAAAACUCAGUGAAAAAAUACUAUGCCCAAGUGCUGCAGUGUCCUCGGUGCAAGAUGGGCUUAUGGCCGCUUUUAGAGACCGCCAUCAGAUACUGCCUGACAAACAGCGACACCUGUCACCCACACCCUGGACCCGCCUUGCCAGCCUUGGUGCAUUUCUACUGUGAUAUGCUUGCACUUUGCCUCAUGCUUCUCAAGGGUGAACUUCACUCUGUCAACAGCAGAGACUUUAUGUUUCCGAACCAACCCAGAGCGUCAUCUGCACCAGCUUCUGGUUCGUUGAUCUAUGGGACUUUCUGGACCGUGUGGGAACGAACAACACUGCUGUCCUGCACCGUGAAAAAGCUUCUUCAGCUCCUAACAGAAGCUGCCAUUAUGGAAUUUGCUGAGGGAGCAGAGAAGCGGGAGCUGUAUUUGGCCGACACUCUGCUGGAUCUUCUGUCUGUGUUGGUGGAGUUUUGGUGUCAGCAGCAUUUUAAACUUAAUCAGAGUCUGGUGGAAAAAGGCCUCAAAGACCUCUCGGAGCACCUCGCCGUUCUUAGCCAGGAUCUGUGUCCAGCCGUUUUGGUGGAGCUGGUUUGCAGAGUUCACUCCACCAGGCUAAAGUUGGUCAUGGUUGAUGCCAUCUUCAGGAAUCUCUGCUGCAGAAAUGGCUUCACUGUUGGCGAUGAACCUCUCUCUCUCAAGAAAAUUGUGUGUUCUUACUUGCCUGCUCUGGGAACGUUAGCUCAGAGUCCCAGCUUUGCUUCCUACAAGACUGGGAAAACCUCCCACAGCUGCACGAGUCAGGGGACCAGCAGGACCGGGAACGCGCCGGUGACUGAAGAAAGCCCCGAGCGAGAAAAUGCCCCCAGAGGCAUGAACAGAGUGAACGCGGCAGGCGAGACCCUCCUACACAGAGCGUGCAAGAGAAACCAAGUGGAAACGGUGCUUCAGAUCCUGGCGCUUCCUGGCACAGACGUCAAUGUUAAAGACCAUGCAGGCUGGACUCCUCUCCAUGAAGCGUGCAACCAUGGCAGCACUGAGUGUGUGAGAGCGUUGCUGCAUCACCACCCCGCCCCUGUCCUCACUGACCAGGUGGCCGGAGUUAGUCCGCUGCACGAUGCCCUCCUGAAUGGACACUUGGACAUCGCUAAAAUGUUACUGGAACAUGCAGGUUCGGUUCUUCUCCAGCAGACCGACGGAGAUGGACAGACUCCGCUGGAUCUGGUCUCCGCACCAAGUAAGAGGGAGGAGCUCCUCCGCAGCGCUCAGGCCGGAGACUCAGCUCGCACGAACAAAGACAAAACUGAGGUUUUGAACCUUCCUCUCCUCGAGGCUGGAUCUAGUCUGCUGGGCCACCUUAUUUUCUCCUACCAGAAGGAGAGGGGUCUGCCUGGCCUCACGCAGUCGGGGAACAGACCCCACACUCUGGUCUACAAGCUGGUCGCUGCGUUGGAGAAACACUCCCUUCAGAAAGUCACUUCGGACUGGACAGAUCAGCGGGCGGUGAGGCUGGCGGAAGACGUGGAGACGUUGCUGAGGCUCAGUCGAGGAGAGCACAAAGAACAGGUGUCUGCGGCUGCCAAGGAGUGCAGAGGAGAGAACACGGUUUUCCUGAUGGAAACACUGGAGAACCUGCAGGUUCACGGCAAGGCGCUGGUUGCUGAUUUGUAAGAAAAGAUUGAAAGGAUGGAAAAAAAAUGCACUUCCUGUCAUUGAGGGUUUCCCCUAAUGGUGCAAUCCCCCAUGCCCACUGACCAUGGUUUGUACAUAUCAGUAUAUUGCCCUCAAGUUCUUUAAUAAGCUGGUGAUUUAGAAGUAAUUUCUACAAUGAUAACUUUUUGUACUUGUGCUAAAAAAAUAGAGUCUCUGUUUUGACUUUACAUAUAUUUUUCAAACUUUUUUUUUGAUUGUAAAAGUAUUUAUUUUUUACUAUUUCCAGCCUCAUAUGAACACUAACAUUUCUAUGUGGACUACCUCCAGUUUCACUUUUACAUGGCUACUUUCCCUGUUGUUAAUAAAUCUCUUUUGUCAUAUAGAUUUUUUUUAAAGAACUGUUUAACAUGUAAAAGAAAAGUUCACAUUGGUUUACUGUUCAGGCAUUAAAAACCUUAAAUAUUUAAGAAAAUUGCAAUAAAAAAAGUUAAGACGUU